CUGUUCUCUUACAACAAGAUACAAACCGCAAACCAUCUCUCUGUGAUCUUCAAGAUUCAAAAGCCAUUGAAUUCUCUGGUGUUGGAAUUGAGCAUUAUACAUGGCUUACAUCCAUCCACACAAGCGGCAUUGGAAGGAUUCGGAUAGGUUGACUCUGACUCCAGAGUCCCUGAUUCCCAGAAUUAAUAGGAAUGCACAGUUAAGGGCUUCAAAGUCUAAUGCUGAUAGGAGUGGAAAGAUCGUAUAUUCGGACUAUGCAAUCUCCAGAUGGUUUGCUGUUGGUGUGGAUGAUGAAAACAAUGACACUCUUGCUGCUCAUCUGAAACCAGUUUCAGUAGAAUCUAUCGAGAGAAGAACGGGCAAGAAACCUCUAAUCUUGGUGAAAAAUAAUUUAGAUCAAGAUGCAGCAAAAGGGUGCCCGUGGUCAUCUAUUGCAGAAAAUGUUCUGCCAUACCUAUUAUCUUCCUUUGAAAAGGCAAGGGCCAAAAUAGAGUGCAGAGAUUCGAAAGAUGUAAAGCUAGAAAUGGUUGCUAGGUUUGGCAAAAUACUUCUUCAGGGGAGCUCAUCUUUUAGCUUGGAAGGUAUCAGUAAAGAUUGUGUUAGUGAGGCGGCAUUGACGGAAUUGAAAAAAUCAUUUUACACAAGUCUUCCUUCUUCAUACUCGAAAAACAUUAUAGCUGAAGUUGCCUCGAAGAUUGGAGUUGACUUUGCAGAUAUGAAAGAUGUAUACCAUGUGAAGUUGUCUGAUAGCACUCAGCCAGCUUCAACCAUUUCGUGCAAAUGUAGAGUAAAAGAAGAUAAAAAGCUCCAGCUAUACAAGGUAGAACUAAAUCAAGUGCGUGACAUGGUUAUUGACAUAUCAUGCCUGGAUAUGAAUCUCGAUUUGAGGUUGAUGCUUACCCACAAGAGAAUCUUAACUUCUAUGACUGAAGAUGAGAUGCAAAGCAUUCAAAAUCUGAUUGAUUCAGCAGUCCUAGACCCAGAAGUGAAAGGUGGAUUAAGAUGGCCCUUCGGAAAAGCAUCAAGUGGGAAUAGAUACAAUGUCGAGCAGGAUGUUGAAGAAGUGAUCUUGGACAAACUUAAAGACAACUUAAGUUUGAUAUGGCAACACUUCAUGAGCUUUACUACAUAUGUUGUUUCACUUUCAUUUUCGAUCAAACGAACACUUCAGUUCCCUUCGAAGUCAAAAAACCAAUUUUUCUGGUUGAAAUCACCCGUUUCUGUAAAACCCUUUACUUGCUUCAUCCCACUUUGCUCGUCCAAUCGUUCUACCAAUUCAACUUUGAAGAUUACAUCUUUCAAGGCCAGUGGAUUCCCCCAGACAUCAAAGAUCAAUAUUGGAGAAGAAUCUAAUGAAAAUUACAAUGUGGGAGUUGGGAACCCAAUUCUCCCAACUUUCAUUUCAACUCAAAAGACGAGCUUGAGUGAUCAGGCCUUCUAUCUGUUGGCCUUUAUUGCUUGUACGGCAUCUGUGGCGUUUACAAGUAUGGUCAUUGCAGCUGUUCCAACUCUCGUUGCACUGGGAAGAGCCGCGGUUUCUCUUUCCAAGCUAGCAGAUACAGCGCGAGAGGAGCUUCUCGGCACCAUGGAGGCUCUCAGGCUCUCAGGCAUGGAGAUCAGUGAUCUUACACUCGAACUAAGUGAUUUAAGCCAAGAGAUUGCAGAUGGUGUCAACAAAUCGGCUAAAGCUGUGCAGGCCGCUAGAGCUGGAAUUCGGCAGAUCGGUUCACUUGCUCGCCAGCAGACAAUAUCGAUCAUACAAAAACGGGCUAGUUUGCCUGUCAUCUCUUUACAGCCUGUUGUUGCAGGGGCUGCCAGAAAAACUUCUCAUGCUGUCGGUCAAGCCACAAAGGCUAUAAUGAAUAUGAUAAAUCAAGGAGAUUUGAGCUCGGAGAACGACGGCGAUAACAGCAAUGACGGGUGAUGUUAGACUGUAGUACUACACAAUGGAAACCGACCCUCCCAACUCCUUUAACCUCAGCCUUGUCAAGGAUUUUGUAUAUGCUGCAAUUCAUGAGCUUGUUGCACUUGCUAUGUUCAUUUGUUUUAGAGAUGGAAAACUAGGUAAACUAAACCAUGUUUUUGACAGAUUUAACUUCUCUCUGUGUGACUUUGGCGUGGGGGAUAAAUGUUUGAU